AUGGAGUCUGGAGACGCCUGUGGCGGAGAGGGCCCUUCUUCUUCUUCUUCUACCGCAACCGCCUCCGGCUCUGCUCCCGCCGCCGAGCAGGGUGCUCGACGGCCGCUGAGCCAGUACGAGUCGCAGAAGCGGCGAGACUGGAAUACCUUCCUGCAAUACCUGAGGAUCCACCGGCCGCCGCUGACGCUGGAGCAAUGCAGCGGCGCGGACGUCAUCGAGUUCCUCAAGUACCUCGACCAGUUCGGGAAGACGAAGGUGCACGCCGCCGGGUGCGCCUUCUUCGGGCAGUCUGAUCCUCCGGCCUCCUGCCUCUGCCCGCUCCGCCAGGCCUGGGGCUCGCUCGACGCCCUCGUCGGCCGCCUUCGCGCCGCCUACGAGGAGAACGGCGGCCUCAAGGAGUCCAACCCCUUCGCCGACGCCGCCAUCCGCAUCUACCUCCGGGAAGUCCGCGUCAGCCAAGCCGACGCCCGCGGCAUCCCCUACGACAAGAAGAAGAAGAAGAAGAAGAAGCGGAAGCGUGGAUCCGCCGCCUCUCCGGCCACCGCAGGCGAGUCCUCUUCCGCCGCGGUGCAACCUCCGACCUCCGCUUCGGCGCCUGAGCAACCCGCCGAUCCCCCCGGCGGCGGUUCGUCGUCCAUCUCAUGACUAGUAGUGUUUUGAAGUGUUUA